UGCUAUUCUGCACUAAUGUUUUCGAAAUGUUCUUCACACUCCAGAUUUCUACUCUUCUUUAUACGCUUCCUCUGCUACUACUCGAUGUCACUUUGUGUCUCUACUUUUAUUUAUACCUCCCUAUGAAGCUUCGUGUGAAUGCAGAGAAUUUAGACGUCGAAAUAGAGCAAUUGCUGAAUGCCGAGAAGCAUGCGAGGCUCGCCGGCGAUGUCGCCGCCACAAGAAACGCUGCCACUGAAAUUUUACGGCUAUGUUUUGAAGCGCGUGCAUGGAACACUCUCAAUGACCAAAUUGUUCUGUUAACCAAACGACGUGGCCAGCAUAGGCAGGCUAUAACAGCGAUGGUCCAGCAAGCUAUGCAAUAUAUUGAUGAGACACCGCAUAUUGAAAUUCGUAUAAAACUCAUCGAAACCUUGGAAAGUGUAUGUAACGGAAAGAUAUAUGUUGAGAUUGAGAGAGCUCGAUUGAUCAAGAAUCUUGCAAAAAUUAAGGAAGAACAAGGACUUAUUGAUGAAGCUGCUGAUUUGAUGCAAGAAGUUGCGGUAGAAACUUUUGGUGCCAUGGCAAAAACUGAGAAAAUCGCUUUCAUUCUUGAACAAGUUCGUUUGUGUCUAGACCGCCAGGAUUAUGUUCGUGCUCAGAUUCUCUCAAGAAAGAUUAGUACAAGAGUAUUUGAUGCUGAUGUUUCAAAGGAAAAGAAAAAGGCUAAAGAAGGUGAUAAUGUUGUUGAAGAAGCUCCUUUAGAUAUACCAUCUCUGCCAGAGUUGAAGAGGAUCUAUUACGAACUAAUGAUUCGGUACUAUUCCCAUAAAAAAGAUUACCUUGAAAUUUGCCGAUGCUACAAGGCAAUAUAUGAGAUUCCAUCUGUCAAAGAAAAUACUACCGAGUGGAUUCCAAUCCUGAGGAAGAUAUGCUGGUUCUUGGUUCUAUCACCACAUGAUCCAAUGCAGUCAAGCCUUCUCAAUUGCAUCUUGGAGGAUAGGAAUCUGUCUGAGAUUCCAAACUUUAAGUUGCUGUUGAAACAGUUGGUCACUAUGGAGGUUAUCCAGUGGACAACUCUUUGGGAUUCAUACAAAGAUGAGUUUGAGAAUGAGAAUAUCCUUGGAGAGUAUUUGGGUGCAGAACCAGAAAAAGAUCUGAGGGAAAGAGUAAUUGAACAUAAUAUUCUUGUUAUAUCAGAAUACUAUGCGAGGAUUACUUUGAAGAGACUUGCAGAGCUUUUGUGCCUCAGUGUCCAGGAAGCUGAGAAGCAUCUUUCAGAUAUGGUUGUGUCCAAGGCAUUGGUGGCAAAAAUUGAUAGACCCAUGGGAAUAGUUUGUUUCCAAAGAGCCAAGGAUAGCAACGAUGUUCUUAACUCAUGGGCAGCAAACUUGGAGAGUCUGCUUGAUCUUGUGGAGAAGAGCUGCCACCAAAUACACAAGGAAACAAUGGUGCAUAAGGCUGCCUUGAAGGUUUAAGAAGGUCCAUGCUACUACUAAAAGUUACAGGAGGAACUCAAUAUAGAUGUUAUUUUGGACUGAAGUUAAGUUGCUUUGACAGGAUGUUCAUUUGAAUUGUUGCUGAUUAGGUUGGUUAGGUAUUGGGGGAUUAAAUGACAAUGCUUUCUUUUACCAUUUUAUUGUCAAUGAUGAAAUUAAGAUAGAGUUGAUACAUGCUUCUUAGUGUUGUAUACUAAUGGUGCAUACGUUACCACAGACUUAUGACAAGAUCCUGAACGAUCUUGUUUGUAGGUCAGUGGAAAGAUAAAUAGUGCUGGUAUUCUUUUGUCCGUUCAAUUCUCCUGCA